UAAGCUCAGUCAGAAAGCAAAGGAGCAGCUGGGACCAGAGAGGUAGGGAGUGCAGUGGAGCAAGGCAAAAAGAAAAAAAAAAAGAAAGAAAAAAAGAAAAAAAGAGACCCACCGGGCACCAAAUCUCUGCACAUGGACUUGUUGGGACAGUCAGUAGGCAGCACCUGAGUGACCACUUUAAGGAGAAAAUAAGGCCGGCUAAGAUCAAUACAGGACUUCAACUGUCUUCUCUUUGGCAUCCCCAUGGAUGCACGCAGAUUGAUCUGAAUGCUGAUCUGCAUCUUUUGAUCUGAGCCCAACUUCUGUGGAUAUUGCAGCUUUUUCCAGCUACCACACCAGUCUGCUGAAGCCUGGACUCUAUUGUUGAGUUUAAGAAGCAGCGGGGGAGAGCGAGGGAAAAGAGAAUAUUGCCAUCCAUCUCUAAGUCCCUACAGCCCACCCUCAGCUUUGGACGCCCCUCCUCUCAGCCUCUUCUUUUGACCCCCUGUGCCCUCCACAACACCCCAACCCAACCCCCUUCAGCACCUCCACCCCCCCAACAGAGCAGAAAGCGUGAAAAAUCUCACUAAUGGGUUUAUUUGCUGUCAGAUCUCCACAGAUCUGUCAUUCCCUUGGACCAUUCUGCUUGACACAUUUCAUAGUUGAGUAAGCCUCCUGGAAGUCUGGCUAGAUUUAGCAGUGCCCCUGCAAACGCUGGGCUGGCUCAGAGCUCAUCAAGAGGGGAGCAGGAGUCAGUCUGACAGUCUCUUGGACAGGGAGUCCCUGAAGCUGCAUUCCUCCAGUCUCUUGUGUUUGUAAGCCUCGUGGGCAUCUUCAGCUUGCGUCCAACCACACGACUGGUCCUUUUCCAGAAGAUUCGGGUUGUUUCUGCAGGGAUUCAGGUGCUGAUUGAAAGACUGUGAAGAUGUGGUGUGGGGCUAUGCCUCUGGCCGUAGUGGCUGUGGUGUUCUGGACCCAGUGUGUCCUUCUAGAUGGAGUGGAUGCCAAGAAGGAGAGGAAGAGGCCAAAGGAGCCCACUCCACAGCACACAGAGACGUACAACACAACUCUAUCCAACAGUGAAGAAGUUGGUGGGACCAUCAAGGGUUCUGAUCACCAGAGGGUGGAUCCACUGGGAUCAUGGAUGGACUUUGUGAAACGACCCGUUGGAAACUUUCCUGGAAAAUGUCGCAAACGCAAACGACCACUGCCAGGCCCACCCGGUCCUCCAGGUCCUCCAGGUCCCCAGGGUCCUCCUGGCUCUCCUGGGGCUCAAGUAACUCAAGAAGUUCUCCUGCAGGAGUUCAAAGAGAUGAUUAAAGAGGCUACAGAGAGGCGAACAGCAGCCUUGGACAGACAAAUCAGCCCCAGCCAGCUACCUACAACCAUCCUCACCCUGGAGGGGAUGACCUCGUACCGCAGAAUCGAAGAAGCUUUCCACUGCAAGCUCAAGGGACCCGUAGUGGUCGACAAGAAGACUCUGGUGGAGCUCCAGAACUUUCAGACACCGCCUGCUAAAGGAGCUUUCCUCAGAGGGUCGGGAAUGGACCAGUCGACUGGGAGGUUCACAGCUCCCAUCACAGGGAUCUACCAGUUCUCUGCUAAUGUCCAUAUUGAUCACAAUGAGGUGAAGAGGAGCAAGAGCCAGCUUAAGGCCAGGGACAAUAUUCGGGUGUUGAUCUGCAUCGAAUCCCUCUGCCACAGAUACACUUCACUGGAGAUGAUCGUUGGCUUGGAAAGUAACAGCAAGAUAUUCACUGUCAGCGUGCAGGGACUGCUGGAGCUGCAGGCUGGGCAGUACACCUCCAUAUUUGUGGAUAACGCAGCCGGUGCUUCCAUUACAAUACAGAACGGUUCAGAUUUCAUGGGCAUGCUGCUUGGUGUAUAGCCUCAAACACGAGCAGGGCAUCCUCCAAGCUGUCCACUGCUGCCUUUUAUUUUUUUAUUUUCUUUCAAUGGACUGCUUAUGAGCACCGCCACACAGGACCAAACCACAGGGGAGGCUUGAAGGAAGGAUGUAAGGCUGACAUUGACUUGACUGCUUGUCAGAUGAAAGUCAGUGAAAGGACAGUGUGAAGCACUCAUGGACUGAGUUUGUUUCUCACAGUGCACUUCCACCUCCCCCCCCCAGGAACUUGGACGCAUGUUGCUUCACAGAUAGAAUAACCUGAAAAUAAAAUGGAGAAUAUGUUUGUUACAGUAUAUUUUUCAUGGUUGUUGAAGACCUUUGCAGUAAACCAAGAUUUUUUUUAUGUUCUCUGUAGUGGUUGAAAGAGCUAGGGAACACAAAAUAGUAAAUUUGUGCAUUUAAUGUAUAUUGACAUUCAUGUUUUUGUCUUUUCUAUCUAUUGUCUAAACACUCAUGAACUAUAAUUUUGUUGGAUUAAAAUCCAGUUUUAUUAUAUUAUAUGGUACAUAGACUCCUUGAGUACACUGGACAGUUAAAAUAUGCUCAGUAGACUGGCCUCAUGUGGUAUUGUAUCAUAACUGUUGCUGCAUUUUUAGCCAUUUUAGCAUCAGUUAAGACUGAAAUAUUCAACGGUGAGAGGAUGGAUUAGUUGUAUAGAGUCCCACAGACCCACAAUCCCACAAUCCACAUUUAUCAUUUUUAAGUUAAAUAUUUGAACAAUAAUGCCAUGAAAUUAACUGUUUGCUCCAGAAUAAAAUAUAAGCUAAUUUCAUCUGUGAUUCCUGAUCUUUUCAGAUGGUAAUUUGACUUGUCCCACAGUUUUGUUUAUGGCAUCAUUUUAGUGCCAGUUAUCAAAUGCUAACAUCUCCGUGGCUAAACGUCACCAAUUUAAUACCAUGGACUGUAUAUAAAAAAAUGGAUGUUUAAGAAAUGAAAGUACUACAACUUACCUUAAACUGCAUUCUAUCGAUGGCCAGCAGGGGGGCAACUUUUUUUUUUUUGUUGAAAAAGUAAGGAGGAUUAUGCAGCGUACUCUUAUUUGCUGAAACGGGAAUUCAUACUACCAAUUCAUAGUUCAUGUCCAUUUGUGCAGGUAUAUUGCUACACUGAGUGAAGGAUUUUGUGUAUGUUUGACUGGAGUCCUUGAGAAAAGCCAUCAGCAUGUAACAGAUAAGCAGAAUGCUGAUUGGCUGAAAAAAGGAAAGGGAGUGAAGAAAGAGUAGGAAUAGCAAACCCCCCCCCCACUAAAGAUCAAACAUUGGCUGCAGUGGACACUUUUUAUUGUUUGUAACAUUUGUAACAGUUUCACUUCAACACUUUGUAUGUUGUAACUUUGGUCUUCUCUGUGGUUGGCGGAAGGUCCAACAACAACACAAGCUGCCCUCUGGUGACAGCAAAUAGCUAAAACAUGUAGACAAUGGUCUGCAAAGCUCUGUGUGGUGACCAGUACACAACAAUGCCAGUUGCUUAAGAACAACAGAUUCAUGUGCAGCAUAGUCAGUUUCUAUUGGUGAUGGUAAAAACUUGACUGUCAAAAUGAGUCUUUCGAAACCAGUGCCUGACUACAUCCAUAUUUCAUAUACAGUCUGUGGUUGACACCUAGCCUUUUAGACUAUAGAAAGAAGAGUUUUGCCAAUACUGCUGAGCAUUUUUAUCUUCAACUCAUCUGAGAGGGAAGAAGUUAAAAGUUUGUGAUCUCAUCCACCUUGUGUGGAUACUCCUUUUCCACCACCUGGAUAUGUGUCCAUAUUGUUUGCGACAAAUGCCAAUAAAUUAUUAGUUUUUAAUGUCAUGUCACGAGCACCUUAGUACCACCAUUGUCAGUCAAAGGCUCACUCUUUUUGCCAUUUUUUAUCUCACUCUCAAGCAGCCAUUCUUCUGCUUCAUGUUUACACCUGGAAUGGUCAAUGCAAUACAUUUAUAGGUCAGUUAGUGUAUAAGGAAAUUAAUAUACUCCAGUUUCCCUGUAAAAUAUUGUGUUUUUACAGCUUUUUAAAGAUUACGUAGAACAAUGUUUGGAUGAACUAAGAUUUUUUUAUACAGUCCCCUAUGUUUUAUCUUUUACAAACCUUAAAUAUUUUUAUUGUAUUUUAUGUUUUUCUUGACAAAUACAUGUUUGUAAUUUAUCAUAACUGAUAUAUUAGUAAGUUUGGGAAGCAUUGAAAUUUGAUAUUUAUGUUUGAGAUCCACACUUAAUGCCAUAAUCUAUACAGGAAACCACAGAAUUAAAAGAUAACUUCACUAUUUUUUAAUUAAAAUAUUCUGUAAAUUGAAAUAAAACUCUUUAAAAUGUU